AUGAUGAAUGCAACACCAGAGUCAUCCGGUAAAGAAAAUAUUAAUAUAUCUUUUAUAACAUCAAAUAAAGGUCAAUUGUUACUCUUAUUGAACAACUAUUUAUACCAAUGCAAUAAAAAGACAAUUAAAAAAAAGUAUUGGCAAUGUAUUAGUAAAGGAUGUACAGUGUAUCUUCAUACAGAUACAAAUAAUAUAUAUUUGGGUGGUGAUGUACCUGAACAUGAUCAUGAACCCAAUCCCGAAUUAGUCGAAGUUAGACAGGUUCGGCAGAAGAUAAAAGAACGUGCUCUUAAAGAAAUAAUACCAAUUUCAAUGAUUUAUGAACAAGAAACUUCGCACACCUCUAUUAGUUCAACAACUUUGGCUAUCUUACCAACAAGCCAAGAGAUUUAUCCAUCCGUUGCCAAAGCUCGACAAAAAGUAGUCCCGUUAUUACCAAAUUGUUGUUUAUUCGAUAUUCCAGAUGAUUAUACAAAAACCAUUGAUGGAAAUCGAUUUUUGUUAACUGAUGAAGUGCUUGCGCGACGUGAACGUCUGUUGAUGUUUUCUAGUGAUCAUCAACUUGAUUUAUUAUUUCAAUCUCGCAUCGUUUACAUGGAUGGAACGUUUGCUAAAAGUCCACCACAUUUUCUUCAAUUUCCUUCAUCAAAGCACUAUGGAUGUUUCUUCCAUUUCUGUCAAGCAAUUUAUCGGCACAUACAACAUUUGGGAAAACAACAACAUUAUUCAACUAAUGAAUCUUUUAGAUUAUUAUGUCGAAAACUUAUGGCAUUAGCAUUAAUGCCACGUGAGCAAGUAGUUAAUGGUUUUAAUGAAAUUCAAACUGAUGCUGAUCAGUUACCUGAUUAUCCUAUGGAAGAAUUAUUAUUGUAUUUUCAAAGAAACUGGUUAGAUAAUAUUGAUUUAUGGAAUGUCUCUACAUGUAAUGCAAGAACAAAUAACGUGUGCGAAGAAUGA